CUCUGCUCAGCUCUUAUGUUUUAUUUUUGUUUUAUAGUUAAUAUUAAAAUAAAUUUUUCUGGUUCGGUGGUUGAUUUAUUGAAAACUGCCUUAUAAAAAUCUCAUAUCCCUCUAAUUUUUUAUUUUUUCAGAGUAAGAGCAAAAAACAAGAAGUGGGGUUUUGAGUUCUUGAUGUAAAUUGUGGAUUUGCACAAUUUUUGGUUUUAUUAUUGAGUUUCCAAGAAUCUUGAUACAUCUGUCUGACUCUGUGUCCGGUGCCUGCAUUGGAUAAGUUCCUGGAUAUAGGAAGAAUGGCCAUGACAUUUACCCCCUUGUCAUGGUUGCUUUGGAGUGGAAAACAUCAAGAACCCAAAAUUUCUAAUGGUUCCUCUUUAAAUUCAUCACCUGAUUCGUUAUUGUGGGAUUCGGAUACUUUGAAGUUUCCUCUUGAUCGCAGGAGGGACAUGGCUUCCUCAUCAAGAAGGGUUAAGCGAAAAUGGCAGAGUCGUGAGGAACGAAAGAUUGACAGGGAAUAUGAUAUUGUUAUUGUGCCAUCAGAUGGUGGAUGUGUUUCAGGGUCUGAGUCUGAGGAUUCAGAUUGGUCAGUUGGAUGGUUGGAGCCUCAUGGACCUGGAUUCAAUAGUGAUGAUGAUUUAGAUGAUAGCUUUGCUGUGCUUGUUCCUUGCUAUGGCUACGGUUGUGCAAAUGUGGAAGAAAAUGCACAAGAUAAGUUUCUGCAAGCCAUUGCAAACUUGAAGGACAUAUAUGCUACUGAGAAUAAGAAGUAUAUGGAGCACUGGGUCUCUUCUCUGAGGAAUCACUGAAAUCCAGCAGCGCCUAUGGUGCUGAUCAAAACUUGUUUUCUGCUGCUUAUCCUGAUUCUAUGUUGCAGUGGAUCAAACUUGAGCUGUUAUGGUUACCCACUACAAGCUUAGAUAUGAACUCUAUAGAAAUAUAAAGAUAUGAU